CUUGCCGCUUUGCUUUUCCUCAAGAUGGCGGUGCUGCCACUGAGCUUAUAUGGGACCACCCCGACAAUAAAAUAAUUUAGGAAGUUGUUUAAGUUGCCAGACCGUGAAGCGUGCGUCUUAUUUAUCACUCCCAGAUGGCCGCAGUGAAUGAUCAGUGCCUCUCUUCCAAAAUAAGCUGAAUGCAUUGUGAUUUCCAAUAAUUGAGACAGUGAUUCUGAAAGCUGUCUACAUUAAUGAAAAGAGCAAUGUAAUCAGCUUAGCAUAUUCACCUCUGGUACGUGAUCUAUACAGAGUUUCUGCAUGUGCAAUCUUAACUGGAGACAAGACUCAUUUUCAAGGAUUUUAACGUAGUUGUCAGGUUUUAGCUUUUGAUUAAGAGAAAAUGGAUUUAGAUGAUAUUCUACCCCCUCUCCCCUUGGAGCCACCUGAUGAUUUUGGUCUAGACCAGGGCAGAGCACCUCCACCACCUCCCCUGCAAACGUCCAGUGACGCAGAGGUAAUGGACGUUAGCUCUGGUGGUGAUGGAUACACAUCCACCCCAGGGGAGGGGGAAGACGCGACACAGCAGCCCAUCAGCAGGGGCUUAAUAAGUUUCUGUAGCCACCUUUCAGACGAGGUCACUUCCAACCCACCAUGCCCCAGAACAGCCCGCCACGCUCCCCAAGUCACCAAGUUUCUGCCAGACCUCAAGCUGCUUAGAGAUGUAAAGAUCAGCGUGAGCUUCACCGAAAGCAGCAGCAGCAGCAGCACCAGUAAUAACACUAGCAGCAAAGACAGACAGGUUUUGUACACAGGUGAGGGGCAGGAGGCAGGAAGCCACAGUGAGUUAGGCAGUUAUGACUUGCAUGAUCCUUCAAGUAUCCUAGAAGAAGCUGAAGGGAGCUGUGGAGCAGGAAACUCCACAGGAAGAAAGUCUGAUGAGGCUGAGGUAGACCUGGAAAACAAAGUGGAGUUUGCUGUCUUGGAUGAGUUUGAGGACUUUUACGAGAACCUCUUGGAUCAGGAUGAUGAGCACGGUGGCUUUAAGUCUGGCUCCAUAGUUCAGCAGGAACAAGUGGACGACGAGGCUGUCUCUUUCGCCUAUGAGGAGGGGUUUGAUAAUGAUGUUGACGCUCUGCUGGAGGAGGGCUUGCCCGUCCCCAAGAAGAUGCGCCUCGCAGAGGACCGAUAUGCUGGAGACAGUGAUCAUCAGUCAGAUGGUGAAGGAGGCGUUCAGCCCAUGAUGACCAAAAUUAAGACUGUCUUGAAGAGUCGUGGCCGUCCUCCCACUGAGCCUUUACCUGACGGAUGGAUCAUGACAUUCCAUAACUCAGGCAUUCCAGUCUACCUGCACAGAGAGACCAGAGUGGUCACCUGGUCCAGACCAUAUUUCCUUGGAACUGGCAGUAUUAGGAAACACGACCCACCUGUUAGCAGCAUCCCUUGCCUGCACUACAAAAAAAUGAAGGAUCAGGAGGAGAGGGAGCUGAACGGGGAGGUAACAUCCAAUGCAGAGGAGUCUCCUGUGAAGCUUGGCGAGGAGGUUGUUGGUGAAGAAACGGCAGCCAAGUCGGAGGAGGAGCAGGAUGCUCUUUUCUCUGGCGUCACUGACCCUGACCAAGAUGGAGAGUCUGCAGCUGAUAACAGCCUGCAGAAUAAAGAAUCUCUGCCCUGCGACACUGCACAGGGGGCCUUAGGGCAGGUCAAGGCCAAGGUGGAGGUGUGCAAAGACGAGUCCAUAGAACUUGAAGAUUUUCGUCUGUAUCUUGAAAAAUGUUUUGACUUUGAACAAGUCACUGUCAAGAAGUUUCGCACUUGGGCCGAGCGAAGACAAUUCAACAGAGACAUGAAGAGGAAGCAGGCGGAGUCUGAGAGACCUAUUCUACCUGCCAAUCAAAAGCUCAUCACAUUAUCAGUCCAAGAUGCUCCAACYAAGAAGGAAUUUGUGAUCAAUCCCAAUGGAAAGUCUGAAGUUUGCAUCUUGCAUGAAUAUAUGCAGCGUGUCCUGAAGGUCCGACCUGUUUACAACUUUUUUGAUUGUGAAAACUCAAGUGAACCCUUUGGAGCGUCAGUCAUUAUAGAUGGAGUCACUUACGGCACAGGAACCGCCAGCAGUAAAAAACUUGCCAAGAACAAAGCUGCUCGAGCCACACUGGAAAUCCUCAUCCCUGACUUUGUGAAGCAGACCUCAGAGGAGAAACCUGUUGAGGGUGAUGAACUAGAGUAUUUUAAUCAUAUCAGUAUAGAAGACUCCAGAGUGUACGAGCUGACCAACAAAGCAGGACUACUUUCGCCAUAUCAGAUUCUUCAUGAGUGCCUUAAAAGAAACCAUGGAAUGGGGGACACCAGCAUCCAAUUUGAGGUGAUCCCAGGGAAAAACCAGAAGAGUGAAUACGUUAUGACGUGUGGGAAACAUACAGUACGAGGGUGGUGCAAGAACAAGAGGGUUGGUAAACAGCUAGCAUCUCAGAAGAUCUUACAGAUGCUUCACCCCCAUGUGAAGAACUGGGGCUCACUGCUACGAAUGUACGGCAGGGAGAGCAACAAGAUGGUCAAAAAGGAGAGCUCUGAUAAAAGUGUGAUUGAGCUUCAGCAGUAUGCCAAAAAGAACAAGCCAAACCUCCACAUCUUGAACAAACUGCAAGAAGAAAUGAAGAAGUUGGCAACACAAAGGGAGGAAACGAGAAAGAAACCCAAGAUGACCAUAAUGGAGUCAGCCCAGCCGGGGAGCGAGCCCCUCUGCACUGUUGAUGUUUAAGUCUCCAAAUCACUGAUGAACCACAGCACUGAAAGCCAGUCACUGUCAAAACAUCACCAUCCACACCCAGAUUAUGCAUCGCCCAGAUGAAAAUGCAAUACAGUCUCACACUGAGCAGGCUGGUUCGAGUUGCUUCCUCCUUCACCUACAUGUUAGUGUUGAGCAGGUACAUGUUAAGGUAGGACUAAAUGCAUUUACAGACAGACUCUAGACAAAUUACUGCCUACCUCUCCAGAUGCAUCCAUGCUAUAAUGCUAAAUAUUCGUUAAUGGGACGUGAUUAAAUAUGAACCACAUCUGAAAAAUAAAUGCACGUAUUUGUAAACAAUAGAAACCACUGCACUCAUUGGUUUUUCUGUCAGUGUUGUUUUCUACAGGCACAGUCUUUAGGUAUCUUUUUGUUUUUAGUGCUGGAAGUAUUUGAAAGGGACUACUAAUACUUGUAUUUAUACUUGUCAUUCAUUAGGGAAGCAAAGUUUCUUGUUUGGCUAUAACAAUGGUAGCUCUGGAUAAUUGGAGGUAAUCAAUUGCGUACUGUUUUCUUAAUAACCAGAAUUCAAAGUCGUCUUGGUUUGCAUGACAAGAACUUACGUUGUGAAGUGAUCACUGUUUGGACCUGUUCUGCACUUGUGUCCGGUCUGAUGUUUUCGUUAAGUAAUUACGCUGUUGGUCCAAAUGCUUUUGAGACAUUUUGUUUUAGACGUUUUGUUAAAAGGGUUUCCUAGCCUUUUUAUAGUAUUUGUUGUUUUUCUUCAUGCUGACACUGCAGUAAACUCAGUUCAGGGCCUGAGUUCUGCAAUAGGUUUGAACAUUUCAUUAAUAUUAGUUCUCAUUUGCUUUUCUUUCUAUAUUUGUGCUCAACCGCUUUUCAUUUAGGAUGGCCUUUUUAAAAGAAAUCCAGUUGGCUACAUGUUGCCUUAGUUAAUCCAUUUCAUGAAGGGCUCCGACACUAAACAAUACAUUGGACCUAAAAUCACCUUUCCUCAGCAGGAAGUGGGACGACCAAGCCCCAUUUACUUGAUAUAUAGCAUUUAUGGGAUAGGUGAUCAUAUUUAAAAGAAAAGCUUGCUAAUUGUCAUACAUAUGGAAAUAGUAAACAGCAUGUGCAGUUUUUUGAGUUGUCUUAAUGGAUUGUGGAGUUUGUAUGUUUGACAUCUUUGUGACAGUUUGUUGUUUACCCACAGGUUUUAAAAAAAUCUAAAGGCAAACUUGUAAAAACUGACAAGUGUGCAUACCAAAGCUUAUAUCUUAUGCAUUUUAUAGGAUCUUUUAAUGUUGUUGCAAACUUGAGUACAUAUACAAAUAAAAAUGUAAUAAAAGAAAAGGCAUAAAGGCUGAAGUUGCUGGAGCAAAGAAAAAACAAACUGCUGUGCUUUUUCUACAAAACAUCUGAAGAGACAUGAGUUUAAACAGCUCUUGUAACAGUGUAAUCUGCUUUGAGAAUGUGCUGUGUGCAUUUUGUCAACUUUGUGCUGACGUAAGGAGAGAAAUCAAAAUACUGGUUUUAUGUUGAAUUGUACCAAUAAAUUGUUUUAAACUGUUGCUGCCUAGAAACUGAUGUGUUGCAACUUGAACUCUUUGACUUCAGUGAUAUAUUUGUUAUGCAAAAUAAAAAUGUCUUGACUAAUGACUACA